AUGUCAAUACACCGCAUUUUUGUUUACUUAGUCAUCUCCAGUGAGUAUUGUCUCGUAAGGAAGGAUGCUUACGUGCAUAAGAGCGUGAUGGAGGAGCUGAAGAGAAUCAUCGACGACAGCGAAAUCACAAAAGAAGAUGAUGCUCUGUGGCCUCCUCCCGACAGAGUCGGUCGACAGGAGCUUGAAAUAGUAAUCGGUGAUGAGCACAUCUCCUUUACCACGUCCAAAAUCGGUUCACUCAUUGACGUAAAUCAGUCCAAGGAUCCAGAAGGCUUGAGAGUGUUCUACUACCUGGUCCAGGACCUUAAGUGUCUAGUCUUCAGCCUUAUUGGACUACACUUCAAGAUUAAGCCAAUUUAAAUCAAACAAACUGAAGUUUGUAGUGCAGUAUCGGGGAAGGGGGUGGGGUGGGGAGGAACGCUGUUUCCAUUUCUUGGUAUUUCUGGCCUGAAGCUUUUAUGUAUGUUAGAAUGUUUUUUUUACAAACUGUCAGUGACUGUCUUAAUAAAAUGGUGAGAUCUGUAUUUUUAAUUU